AUGUGGUGUCUUGUUUCGUUCUUCAUCACCAAUGCUGUCACGGCUUCGGCACGCUCGCCUUCCUUUUUUGGAAAGGAUACCUAUCUCACAAAAGAGUACAUCGAUGCUAUAAGCGCAUACGGUCCAGGUUUAGGAGUUUUCACGCCGUACUCCUAUGUCGACAUAUCAUAUGACAACAUUCCAUUCGUUGGGAAGAUUCCAGUUCUAGGAAAAGAAGGCACAUCCUCAAAGCUAGGAAUAUCACCGUUUUACCCACCACAGGGAAAUCCAAGCAAUCCCUUCCCUCCUUUAUACAGAGCACGACCACUCCCAUUACAUGUGCCUGAACCACAAGAUGUCGUAGCCGUACCCCUUGAUGAGGAAGCGCUGCAUGGUGAACCUCUAUUUCCCCCAGGUAAGAUUUAUUUCCAUGAACUACCUCAGAUAUUUUUAUUCGUAACCAAUAUCAACUUUGAAACUUGCUUCUUAACACGUUGGCUGACGGCAACACCCAACUUUUUGUGGUGUGUGAGACGACGACCAAUUCCCAGUCGCUCAUGCGCGGACUCAUAUGUGGGUCGUACCGACCAAAGUACAUCCACUUAUUUGUGGUUGUCGAUGUUGUUGGUGUUGUUGGUCGAUGGCUGA